AUGCAUGAGUUCGUGCAGUCGGAGAUGGACAGAGAGGCCGCGGCCAUCGCCAACGACAGAGAGCGAGCAAGGAAGGCGGAGGACCGCUCCGCCGGAGUGGACGACCGCCUGAAGAGCCUUAGGGAACAGGUUUCCACGCUGCAAGAGGGCGUGUCUCAGGCUGCCCGCGACAUCGAGCGGGAGCGCCGCGGGCGAGAGGCUGCGACAAGGGCCAAGGACAAGCUCCUCGAGGACAACGCGCAGCUGCGAGCGGAGGUGACCAAGGCCGAGGAGAGAGCGGCCUCUCUGGAGGACCGCCUGACUGAGACCCGGCGAGACCUCGACGCAGCCAGAGAAAAAGAAGAGCGCCUCCGAUCCCGCAUCAAAACCCUCGACAGCAACAGCGGCGGCGGCGGCGGCGGCGGCGGCGGCGGCGGCGGCGCUGCCAGAAGCUCGAGCAAGAAGAGCAGGCGCUCCGACAGGAGGUCAAUGGAAGAGAGCAAGGUCUCUUCUUCGUCGGAUGGCGGUGGCGGUGAUGAUGACGACAACUUCUCCACCCCCGGCCGGGACGGAGGCAGCGAUGAGGAUGGUGGCGGUAGGGGUGGUGGCGGCGGCGGCGGCGGCAAGCGGCGGCGUCUGAACGAGCUUGAGAAACGGGUGCAGGUGCUGACGGCCCAAAACGCGGCUCUGAGGACCAUCGUGCCGCCACCGCACGUCCCGGCGUCAGCGACAGAAAAGAAGAAGGAGCAGACGACGCUGAUUAAGGGUCAGGGUCGACGCCUAGGGUCAGCGGCCUCCCCAGACGACAGCGCCGUCGUUCCCGUCGUGGGAGGGACGGUUGCCACCGCCGGAGGGAGUGCAUACAAUGGCGGCGGCGGGCACCGGGAAGCUGCGGUCAGCAGGGCGAUGGAGGCGGAGAAGAAACUGCGGCGGCGGGUGGGGGCGCUGGAGAAGAGGCUGGAGGAGAGGGGGGUGGAGCUCCAAGCGGCGGAAGGGCAGACGGCGAAGGCUAAGGAUCUCCUCGUCAGGGCGAACAGGGAAAAAGAGGCAGCGUUGCGCAAGCUCAAGGAUGCGGGCCAAGGCCACGAUGGGGGUGGACGAACGGGAUCGUCGUCGUCGUCGUCGUUGUCUCCCGAGGUGGCGGACGGCCUGCGGUCUCGGCUGUUCCAGCUCGAAGAAGAGAACGCCUCCUUGAAGCGCACGGCGGAGAUGGAGCUCCCGCGCGAGGUUGAGUCCCUCAAGCACCAGGUCCGGACGCUGCGCGCUCAGCUCGAAGAGACCGACAACCAGCUUGAGGAGGCGGAACGUCGCGCUAAAGUCGUUGUCGCGAGGGCUCUCAGCUCGGACAGCAACAGCGGCGGCGGCAUUCUUAGGGCGGAGGAGGGCCUCUACCAUGACCUGCAGGCGGCGAAAGAUGAGGUGGUGGCGCUUAAGGCCAUCGGCAGGGACUUGGAGGGACAGGUCCUGCAGCGCGACUCCGUUAACGUUGAGCUCCGCUUCGACCUGGAGGCGAGGACAGCAGAGACAGAGCGGCUCAGGCGAAGAGCGAGGGAGCUCCAAGCCGCCCUCAAGACGGGCGGUGGCACCGCGGGAGCGAAGGACGGGUCGAGGCCGGCGGGCGGGCGGUUCAAGCGAGAGAGGGAUCUUGAGGGGGUGGUGGAUGCUCUCAAGCGCGUGACGGACAAGCUGAGGGGGGAGAACGACCGGCUUCGGAGGAUGGCGGGAGAGGGAGGCGGGAAGGCAGAGGCGGAGAGGAGCGCUCGAGAGGCCAAGAAAAAAGCGGCGGCGCUGCGGGAGGAAGUGGACAAGCUGACCGCCAGGGCGAAGGAUGCGGACAGCGCUGUUCAGAAGCUCGCGCAGAAGCAGGAGCUGGUGAACCAGCUUCGGCGCACGCUUAAGGUGCGAGAUGCCACUAUCAAGACUUUCCAAGAGCGAGCAGAAGAUCUCGCGGAGACGAAGACGCUUCUUUCGGCUGAACUCGAAGCCGCGAACCAGCGCUUAGUCGCAAGCGAUCGCGACAGCCGGUCGUCCGGCAGAUCCCGGCCUCCUGCUGCUGCUGCUGCUGCGCACACCGCGAGAGAGCUGGAAGACGCGAAGAGAGAGGCGGCAACGCUGCGGCAGCAGGUGCAGCACCAGUCGGAGGUUGUCGAUCGUCUCAGGGGAGACAUGAACCGCGACCGCGAGGAAACGGCGGCGGCGGCGGCGGGGCCGGGAAGCGAGGCGGUAGAAGCGGCGAGAGCGCCGGCGGAGUCGGCGCAGGACGAAGCCGACGAGCUUAGGGACCGCCUCGCGGAGACCGAGAGGGAGCUGCAGAGGAUGGAGCGGCGUUGUGCUAGCGCCAUGUCGACGGCGUCGCGGGGAGGGGAAGGCGCCGCUGAUUCUUUCGACAGAGGCAGCAAGGACCUUCUUCGAGUGAGCGGCACCGGCGGGCUGGGGUCCCGGGGUGAUGGAGAGGGCCGGUUGACGCAAGACAGGCUCAAGAAGGAGAACGACAGGCUCAGGGAGGAGAAUGACAGGCUCAGCGAGGAGCUGGGGGCGUUCGACCACGAGUUUUUCGAAGAGAUCGAAGACCUCAAGUACAAGUACAGCGAGGCCGUGCGAAAGCUCCGACAGUUCGAGCAAGAGCGAAUAGGAGGGUGA